CAUCUUCUUUCUAUCAAAGAUAGAGAGAGAAGAUGGAGGAGGGAAAAGAGGCCCUGUUGUCUCCAAAGACACCUCGUCGGGGACGGCGGUUGAGUCGGGUGUACUCGGUGAACUCACUUAGAACCGAGUUCUUGACUCGGUUGCCUGAUAAGGUCCGGUCUGCUAUCGAUAUCGAGUCGUCUUCUUUUGCGAUAUCGUCUAAGUCAUCACCUUCCUUAACUCAAGGUGAAAAGGAGUAUUAUGAAAAACAAUUUGCAACAUUGAAGUCAUUUGAGGAGGUUGAUGCUAUAGUAUCAUCUGAUCAUGGGAUAGGUGAGGAAGAUAUGGAUGAACAGAUUCAGCAAGAAAGAGCUAUGAAGAUCUCUAAUUAUGCCAACAUUCUAUUACUGGCAUUUAAGAUCUUUGCUACAAUAGAGACCGGAUCCAUUGCGAUAGCGGCAUCCACACUGGACUCCUUACUCGAUCUAAUGGCUGGUGGCAUCCUUUGGUUCACUCACCUUUCAAUGCAAAGCAUCAACUUAUACAAGUACCCUAUUGGCAAACUCAGGGUGCAGCCUGUCGGAAUCAUUAUCUUUGCUGCAAUUAUGGCCACACUCGGCUUUCAGGUAUUAAUUCAGGCCAUAGAACAGCUUAUCGAAAACAAGCCUGCAGAAAAGAUGUCAUCGCUUCAACUGUUAUGGUUAUACAUAAUCAUGUUAACUGCAACGGUUGUUAAACUCGCGUUAUGGUUAUACUGCAGAAGUUCAGGGAACGAGAUUGUUCGAGCCUAUGCAAAGGAUCAUUACUUUGAUGUGGUAACAAAUGUAGUCGGAUUAAUUGCUGCGGUUCUUGGUGAUAAGUUCAACUGGUGGAUCGACCCGGUUGGUGCGAUUAUUCUCGCGGUUUAUACGAUUGUAAACUGGUCUGGAACUGUCAAGGAAAAUGCAGUUUCAUUAGUGGGACAAUCAGCACCACCUGAAAUCAUGCAAAAGCUAACUUAUCUUGUAACAAGGCAUCCGAAAGUGAAGCGAGUUGACACCGUUCGCGCAUACACAUUCGGAGUUUUGUAUUUCGUGGAGGUUGAUAUUGAACUCCCUGAGGAUUUGUCACUAAAAGAAGCCCACGCGAUAGGCGAAUCGCUGCAAAUAAAUAUCGAAAAACUUUUGGAGGUUGAACGCGCAUUUGUUCAUCUAGACUUUGAAUGUGAUCACAAACCGGAGCACUCGGUUCUAACCAGGCUUCCCAAUAGUGACCCAUGAAUGGUCAGUUCAUGGACCAGAUGUGUAUUUCUUUUUGUUGUUGAAUUGUAGUUAUGUUUGUUAGGAUCAUGUCUUGACAAAAAGAGUCAAUAAGUCAACUUUAAGUUUUCUUUUUUUUUUUUUUUUUUUUUUUUUUUUUUUUUUGUGGAAAUGUAUAAACAAUUUGGAUGACUUUAGUGAAAUUGUGAGAUCAUUGUGUUUUCUGCAA